GAAGUGGAACUGUCUGAGCAGGAUGAGUGCUGAGUCAAAGCGUGCGAGGCUGUCAGAGGGAGAAGCAAAGUGAGGAAAGACAGGGAGAAGUAGAGACUGAGUGACUCAUUCAGCUGGUGAAGAGAAGGAGAAAGAGAGUGUGGUGGUGGUGGUGGGGGGGUUGUGGGCAGGAAACAGACCCUCAGGACAAACUGUGAGACACACUCACAUUGUGACACACAGACAGACGAAGAGCAGGAGGCUCAACUCAAGCCGCAGCUCCGUCCCUGGGAAGAAAGACGCCUGGUGAUUUGUGGUCAGGAUCCUGUGAGAGGUGGAAGGCUAAUGACAAGUUUGUUGCUUUGGAGCUGAAGAGGACAAAAACCACAGGACUGACUUGUGACAAAGAGGAGGGAAUCUGCCAUGAGGGCAUCUUUCUAAUGGACAUGAAUGUGGAUAUGCCAUCUUUCCUUUUUUUGCACUCAGCAGCUCGUGGUGGUUGAGGACUUCAUCAGAGAAAAGGAGACACAUUUGUGUGACUGAUUUAUCUGAGUGAGUAACUUGCGGGGUGCAGCCUGGUUGGGAGACGGGGCAGGGGGAGGGGAGGACACUCCAGCCUGAAUCUCUCUGUCCCCUGGGAGGGGUCUUUUCAACAUGAGGUAACCCCCAAAAUAACUACAUCAAGACAGGGGAGGGAACCAUGUUGACCAUGUGCAGCACUGCUCUCUAACAGGGACACAUGUGUUGGAAAGAAAACUUUGUGCAAAUGGCCUGAUCCAUCAAGGACUGUUCUGCGCUUUACUCUCCAUUCAUGGUGAGUUCAUUGUUCAAGGAAGCCCUUUCAUUAAAUAGCUAUUACAUAACAGACACCCCUCAUCCAUCCACUCUUUGUCUGUCAGAAUGUAUAACAGUACCCCCUCCAGUUUCACUCAAGGGGCUGAAAAUAGCUCAAACAGCUCUGACUGCAUCAAGAACGAUGGCUUCAAAUACCCGCUGUACAGUACUAUCUUCAGCAUUGUGUUUGUGGUGGGACUGAUCACCAAUGUUGUGGCCAUUUACAUAUUCACCUGCUCUCUAAAGCUGAGAAAUGAGACCACGACCUACAUGAUGAACUUGGUGGUGUCUGACCUGCUGUUCGUCUGCACGCUGCCUCUGAGGGUCUUCUACUUCAUCAACCAGAACUGGCCUUUUGGAAGCACGCUGUGCAAGUUCUCCGUCUCGCUGUUCUACACCAACAUGUACGGCAGCAUCCUCUUCCUCACCUGCAUCAGCGUGGAUCGCUUUUUGGCCAUCGUACACCCUUUUCGCUCAAGGGCGCUGAGGACCAAGCGCAACGCUCGGAUAGUGUGCAUUUGUGUGUGGGUGCUGGUGCUGUCGGGGAGCCUCCCCACGGGGUUCCUGUUGGACACGACCUCACGCGAGAAGAACAACGCCACUUACUGCUUCGAGAACUUCUCGUCCAAGCAGUGGAAAUCUCACCUGUCCAAGGUGGUGAUCUUCAUAGAGACAGUGGGCUUCGUCAUCCCUCUUAUGCUCAACUUGUGUUGCUCCAUCAUGGUGUUGCAGACGCUGCGUCGCCCCCAAACCAUCAGUCGCGGGGGGAAGCUGAACAAAACAAAGAUCCUCCGCAUGAUAAUCGUGCAUCUCUUUAUUUUUUGUUUCUGCUUCAUCCCCUACAACGUAAACUUGGUUUUCUACGCUCUGGUCCGCACAAAAACUUUAGAGGGCUGCUUCGUGGAAUCGGUGGUCCGAACCAUCUACCCGAUAGCCCUCUGCAUCGCUGUGUCCAACUGCUGCUUCGAUCCCAUCGUUUACUACUUCACCUCAGAGACCAUCCAGAACUCCAUCAAGAGGAAAUCUCAGAUCGACCGUUCGAUUGACGUCAAGUUCUCCGAGGCCCUUCAGUCCGAAACCAGCUCCACCCUGCAGUGCAGCCUGAGGACCCUCAAAGCUAAAGUCUUUCACAAUGAGUCGUCAGUGUAACAGAGGGAAUAUUAUUGAAGUCCAUCCUCCAACAGAAAAAAAACAAACCUCCUUGAGACUAUGGGAAUGGAUUUGUUGGAGUGCUUUAUGAAGCACCUGCCAAAGAAAGUGUUGUCUGAUCUCAGUCUUCAUCUCAGGGCAAAUGUCUGGACCUGUUGUCGACAGCCUCAGCUCCACAGUGUUACUGCUACAUGACCCUUUGUUCACAUCUGUGGAUUUGUUAUUACUACUUACUAAUUUCCUUUUCCUGCGGAAUAUACUGUAAUUGUGUUAUGCACAAUUACUCUGCGAGUGACCUGGAAGGGAAUGUGAUUACUGAACAGCAGGACAGUUACGAUAUUGAAUGCUACUUGUGCCUGUAUAUGUGUACAUUUCCAUGGUAAACUGUGGUGCUAACUUUAGAGUAGUAUCUAUUAAAUUAACAUAAAGUUAUAUCAAGCUAUAGAUUGUACAGAGCUUUGUUUUUGUGUUUGUGUGUGAAUUAAAAAUAGGUCACAGAAGGGCCUUUUUUGGUUCUGGCAGCAUUUCAUUAUAGACUCUUUAUAGACCAUUCAAUGCACUGACAGGCUUCCAGAAGUUGCACUCCUGCCACAGUUAUGAAUAAAAGUCAUGUACUGUUAAAAACAAA